GCAGCUCUCAGCGUUUGAACAAGGAAACAUCCUCAGGUAUCCGGGAGCUCAGAAAACGUUCUUUUAUUUCAAGGUUUAGAACCGGGAGAUGAGAUUUCCAGAGACUCCUGGUCGUCGGCUUCUCUUCGGUUUCUCCAGGUCUCUGAUGGUACCCGCGAGGUAGUGAGGCUGUCGCUACUGAAAGAAGGGAGGGGAAAUUGAAUAACCAACAGUCCUCCCUUCCCUGCCCCCCACCCCUUCACCACCACGAUCACCAAAUACGGGGAAAAAACCCCUGAAUAUAAUAACUGCUGAUGCUGGGAUAUUAUUCAAGUGGAGCUUGCUGAGCCAGAGAAAGAUCUUGGCAUCUCGGCUCCUUUGUGGGAGCGCUGGUUGUGCAUGUAAGGGAAAUGGUGCAAUCUGAGGGCCAUUGACAACUGUUAGGCAGACUGUGUGUCUUUCCCCUCCUCUAUAGUGCUCCAGACAUUGGUUUUUUGAGGGACUUCUUUAUUUUGAAGGGUCAGGGUGUGUGCAUGUGUGUAUGUGUGCCUGUUGAGGGCGGAAGGUAUUGCUUUGGACUUUCCCCCCUCAGCCUUUGUACCUGCAUUUUCCUUGCAUAUGGGAAGCACGUUUCAGAGGGUGUUUGGUUGCCAGAUGAAGUAAAGCACUGUUGAAAAAUCAGAUUGGGAGGCGACUGACCGAUUUACAUCCGGGAAGUAAAGCAGGGCGAGGAUGUCAGCGAUAUGAAGCCGGGGGGUUUCUCCCUAGGGCUCUGGGUGCCGCUGGGCAGAGCGUUCUGUCCAUGGUGCUGAAGCAGCUUCUUAGCUCUUUGCAGCCUCUCUCUGGUUGGACUCCAGACCCAGUCAGAGCUGAUCUCUCCUCAUUCUCCAGCUGCUACGGAGUUUCAUCUAAUCCAGGGAAAAGAAUCGUCCAAUUAGGUUGCCUGGUUGAUAGCGCCGACAACAAAACGAGCCGCCUGAAUGGCAAAGCAAGAGAAAGAAAGCAGAGAAGCUAGGGAACAAAGGUUGUCAGAGGCUGAAAAUCUACAUGAAGCCUGCUUCUGAGCAAAAACCGAAAGGAGGGAAGGCGAAGUCCCUUUCUCGCUGAAGGAGGAAGAUUAAGAUUUUUUUAGCCUAAGACUGAAGCUAGAAACCAUUUCCUGCGCUGCAUUGACAGAGCACAAGCUCUGGUUGCAAAAGGGAAAGGUGAUCCACUUCGAGGGAAAAACAGAUCAGAGCCGGCUUGUAAACCUAGGGCAAUUGGUCCAUCGGAAUCGGGAGAUUUCUAGGCGCUGACCAGUGAUGUUACAGUUCACCCGGUUUUUGUAAAGUGGCUCAGUUUAACAACCCCUUCCCCAUUUAUUUAAAUCAUUAUACUUAGAGAGGUAGACCGAUUCCUUCGGUACACUGCACAAAGAAAGUCAGGGAGUCCAGCAUAACCAGAAAGAACUUUUAUUAUUUUCCUUCUGGGAAGAAAAGGAGGAACGGAAGAAGGUCGACUGCGCAAAGAUGGUCUUGAGCUGAGCAACCCGCUGUUUUAAGUGGGGAAUCCUUUUCUGAGAGAAGUGGAGGGCGCUUCUGACAGCCUUAGUUGCUUUAAGCUGCAGGAGAUGCCAAUUAACCCCCUCGAUUUUCUUGGGAUUAGAACUUUUUAGAUCCUCCCAGAAGCCUUGGUUGCUUUGUAUGUUGCUUCAAACGGUGGACGUCUAGGUGAGGAGACUCAGUUGAGCAAGGCAUUCAGCCGCAAUCUCUCAGGCUCAGCUGGCUGCUUUGUUCUGGGGCUGAAGGACUCGGUUGUUGUGAAACAUGCCCAUGGUGUUGUUGUGAAGCUAAGGUAUGGCUGCUGGAAGGUUACUGCUCUACACUGGCCUCUCCUUAGCUCUCUGUGCCCUCGGCAUGCUGGCCGUGGCGAUCUGCUCAGACCAUUGGUACGAGACAGACGCCAGGAAGCAUCGGGACAGGUGCAAAGCCUUUACAACCCGUCGGGUCGAUCCAGGCUUCAUUUACAAUAACAACAAUAACUUGCCGCUCAGGGCCAGUAGGUCUAGAUUGGACCGCUGGGAAGGGAAACUCCUCCGGGCCAGGAACCGGAGGCAACUGUUUGCCUUGAGCGCUAUGGACGAGUGCAACCGUCAGUACAACUCCACCAACAUGGGGCUCUGGAGGAAAUGCCACAGGCAGGGAUUCGACCAAGACCUUGAUGAACUCAUUCAAAAAGGAGAAAUCGAGCGAUGCAUCUAUAUCAAGUACCACUAUUCCUCAGCAACCAUCCCCAGGAACCUCACCUACAACAUCACCAAGACCAUCCGCCAGGAUGAGUGGCAUGCCCUGCACCUGCGCAGAAUGACGGCUGGCUUCAUGGGCAUGGCAGUGGCGAUCAUCCUCUUUGGCUGGAUCAUUGGGGUGCUGGGCUGCUGCUGGGACCGAGGCCUUAUGCAGUAUGUGGCAGGGCUUCUCUUCCUCAUGGGAGGAACCUUCUGCAUCAUUUCACUGUGCACCUGUGUGGCCGGGAUCAACUUUGAGCUCUCACGCUAUCCACGCUACCUGUAUGUACUACCUGAUGAUAUUAGCCAUGGCUACGGAUGGUCCAUGUUCUGUGCGUGGGGAGGCCUGGGCCUCACGCUUAUCUCGGGCUUCUUCUGCACCUUGGCCCCUUCUGUUCAACCUGUCCCCAGGACCAACUGCCCCAAAACCAGACCUGAAAAUGGGACAGUGUGCUAAAACAAACAAACAAACCAACCCCCCGUAUAUAUAUAUAAAUAUAUAUAUAUAAAAUAUACAUAUAUAAAAAGAAACUAAAGCAAGAUGGUGCCAGUGCCAAGAGAGCAUUGAGUUGGCUCAGGCACCCAUGUCUCCACAGAACUUAGUGUUGCUUCAUCCUUUCUCACCAAGAUGGGGGAAACUUUGUUGUCAUAUGGCUCUUCCAUCAAUUCUUAACUUAUGGCUUCAUGAUUUUGGGAAGGUUGAGUGAAUAUACUCACUUGCAGUUGAAUCAUGCUUCCUGCUACCAGUAAGGAUGGGUUGGUGAGCUGGGAAGGGACAGUGGCAAAUGUGUGAAGCAGCACAGGAAGUAGGGAAUACAUGCCAUCCAUUGGACCAACAAGAGAAGAACCCACCGCCCACCAAUAUUAAUGCAAAGAAACAAAACCCUUAGUUCACCUGUAGAAUGUAACCAACUCUUCAAGGCCAUUUUCAAAACCAUCUCUUCUCCCAAUGCUCCCGAUCGUAUUCCCCAACUGCCCCACCAGCUACACACAAGAUUUUGAAGAGAAAAUAAACUGGGAUGGAAGUUUUCUCUUUGCUUGCCAAACUUUUGGAUGAACAAAGGAAGGGGAGGGGAAAGGGGAAGAGACCAACAAGCCUGAGAGAUAUCUGCAUCAAUAUGAGGACACUUCAGUGGCUGCUCAGACAACCCAGUCUUAUCUUCCAGCUGCCUUACAUCCAGGUCAAACAGAGGCUGCCCUGCCCCCACCCCCAUCCUCUGGGCAGACAGGGGCCUUUGAGCAAUGCUGUGAUACAUGUGUGUGGAUAACUUUUUUUUUUUUGGAUGGUUUUCUUUUUUUUUCUUUUUAAAACUGAAAUAUUAUGGUAUGACUGUUGUUUAUCAAUUGUGCUGAUAUCUUGGCCCAGGCACAGGGGCAUGGAAAAUGUAGGUGAGAAGGUGAACUUGUGUGGGUGCCAAUUCUGCAACUGGGGGUUAUUGGAAUUGGGGGGGAUGUGAGAGUGUGUGUAUGUGCAUGUGUGUGUAUAUGUAUUACUGAGGUGUUAUCAAUUGAUUUCAGCUUUUCUAUUAUUUUUAAAACAGCUCAAAAUUCCAGAUGGCAGAAUCAAGAGAACCAUUCAGAUAAGGAAUCCUGUGGUUCUGCACAUUAUUGGGGACUCUGUGGGAGUAGUCCUCUUAAUUUUGGAAGUUCAAGACACAGCUGGGCAAAAAGCCAUUACAGAAUAAGAAAAGGGAACAAAGAUUGGGAGGAAGAAAGAAUGGGGCUCUUGGUUGAUAUAUGCUACAUAAAACCUUUCUACUAUUCCCCAUCAAUGGUAACUCCUGUUUCAUUGGGUAUCUCCUCCCUUCUGUAUCAGUUCACUCUCUGAAAAGAUGAAAGAUAGAUUAUGUGUGGAGAAAGAAUCCAUUUUCCAUGGGCUCAAGUUUGUAUGAUAUUGUAAAUCAACCCAGAACUUCUUACUCUUCCCAUCUUUCCCUCUCUUUCCCUCCCCUUCUCCCUGCUCUUCUUCCUUUUCUUUCUAAACUUCAAGGUCGUGAAUCCCAGAGUAUCUGUCUUAGUUGCUGACACCCAAGUGGAAGAAUGAUAAAUCCACCAAAGAAUCUUGGGAUUGAUUUGAGCAAAGAGGCACUGAGGUAGCUAGAGGAACCAGACAGUGAGCAAAGCAGGCAUGAAACUAUGGGAUUAGGAGUCUGCCCAAGAAAUUAAGAAAGGAGCACUUACCAGAGUCCACUAUGUAUGGAGUGCUACAAGCUAUGCAAUUGGACAUCUGUGAGAUAAAGGAGAGAAUCCCUGAGAUGGGGUUGCUACGUAGGAAGGAUGAAGUAAAUAGCAAACCUGUGUAAAUGUAAUGUUUUGCUAAAUUAAUAACCUGUGGAUCACUUGCCAACCAAUAAGCCUCUCCUCUAUCCACUUAUAUUCCCUUCUUCACCUUUUCUUCACUUCCUGACUCUUCACCUAAUCCACUCUCCCUCUACCUACUAAGUCACCCAUCCUCUCAACUCUCUCAAAACAUGCUACUUUUUUGAGCGUGGUUGUGUGUAUGAAGUUAUCUGUGUGGUAUCCUGGUGUGCAUUUCUCUGUGGGGAUAUACCCUGGAUAUAUGUACCUAUGUAUGUGGAGUGUACAUGUGUGUAUGUAUGUAGCUGGGUGCAGGUGAGAAUGUGUCAAUGUCAGGGCUUCUCAAAAUUAGGUUCAUAGAAAUAGAGCUGGAAGGAACCCCAGAAAUCAUCUAUUCCAACCCCCUCAUUUUAUAGAUGAGGAAACUGAGGCCCAGCAGGGUUAAAUAACUUGGGACAAAUGUUGUCAUAUAUAAAGGGGAUCUUUGUGGCUAUAGGAAUAUGGGGGGGGAUGGGGAGAGGUGUCUAUGUAUAAUCAUGACUGUUGUUAACGUAUUACCAGGAUAAGAAUUAUUUUUUAAAUGGUGGAUUUAUUCUACAGGAAAGAGAAAGUUAUCUGGAAAACCUGCAGUUUUUAGGAUUAUAGAGAAAUGAAAUGAUUUUUUUUUAAACUUUGAAGAGUAUGAUUUCCUCCUAAGGGGAAAGGCAUAAAUGCCUCUUUGGGCAUGAGGAGGAGUGCACAGAAGUAUCUCAGAUUGAGAGCCAUUUUGCCUUCAUUCCCCUCUUGGGGAAGAAAUGUUGUUCUGAGGUAGAGGUGGGCAAAUGGCCAUAUCCACAUGUAUGCUUGGAAGCCUUCCUUUGGGGAAGGGGGUUUGCCUGUGCCUAAAGAGUUUCUGAAGCCAAACUCCAAUUCCUUGAGUAAAUGGAAAAUUUCCAGAUAGUGGCAACUUGGUACAGGUAAUUCAUUGCAUUUUUUAAAAAUUCAUUAAAUCUUUGGUUUCUGACCCCAAGAAAUACCAUUGGUUUUUUUCUUUCUUAUUUAUUUUAUAAUACUGUUAAGAGGUUUUCUGCUUUAUCCAAAUGCUUUCUGGAGGCUGGUGGAAGCCUGGGGCUUUGGAAUAAAUUUUGAAACUCUUAGCCCUCAGCUUUAGACUUUUCAAGACCUGAAUGCUUCUCAAAUGUAUUAUGGGCCCCUAGUGACCAGGAAACCAGUCUCUUCUGGACAGUUUCUCUCCACCUGUGCAGUCCUUGAUAGACAAGGCUGCCUCUGACUUCAGUCGUUGUCUUUUCCAGUAUGGUGAUGGAGUUGCCCUGAUGCAUUCAGAGUCUUUCUUACCUGAAAUUGCUUGUUAAAGCACACACACAGCUGGUGAGGAUUAGGAGAAAAGUCUGUUGUCACAGAUCAGAGCAAGUGUAUCUGGCCUACAGGAGGAUUAAAUGACCAGACUCUAGUCACCUGAAUUAAACACAACAGAGGUUGUAAGGACAAUCUCAAACCUAGUCAGAUUAGUUUGUAUUUUGAUUGACAUCUUGGGACCAGAAUCUCUUUCCUCUAAAUCCCUAGCCUAAGACCCCAGUUUCCCAGAGAGAUUUGGGGUCAGUAGCCUCUCCUAAAUCUCCCCAGGGAGAGUCCCCAGAUCCUUUACAGUUGUGUGACACUGAAUGAAGAAAGAAGAAGUACAUAUAGAUUUACCAUGAGAUGCUGGCACAGUGUAGGGAUUGCUUUAUCUCCUGUUUCUUUCCUUCCUAGAAGUUUUCUGACACUUAUAUUACCAUAUAAGAGGAUUGAGGAACUAUCUGGACUAUUUUUGACCCUUUUUCUUCCUUAUUUUCUCUUUUUUCCUAGUUUUGGUAGGAAAAAGUUCUCUUUCCAGUUUAUUUCCCUGUGCUUCAUAAUUCCCAGAAACAUCAGUCAGGAAUCAUUUAUUGAGCCCUCCUUAAGAAGGCCAAAGAAGCCAAUUCAUUCCUUUAGAAACAAUGAGGUAAUUCUAUUUCUUGCCUUCCCCAAGACCACUCUAUUUUUAAAGGGAAAUGCUCUAUCAGAAAUAAAAUGGACCUCUCUCCUGUCCAACUUUUCCAUAUCUCCAAUUCACCUGACAAGUGUUACUAUUUCAGUUCAUUGAAUAUCAACAUUGAAUAUCAACAAGGUAGUUACCACACAGGGGCUUUCAUGGGAUAUCAUACUUAUUUAGGGAACCUAGUCCCAGCGGAAACCCCCUACUACUACCACCCCAGCUACCUACAUUCUCAUGUAUCCUCAGAGCCAUUUUCUGGGGUGCCAUUAAUUACCAAACUGUUACAUAUGCCCCUGAAAUGGGAUUAUUGAAAAUUAAAACUAAUUCUUCCUUUGCCAGGCAUUUCAUCAGCAACAAAAUAAACUCUGUGUCAUUUGAACCUACUCAUUCCUACAUAGUGGGAGAUGCUAUCCAAAAAAAGUUUGUCUUUACUUUGCUAAUCAUCAGUUGUUUUGAGAGGUCACUCUCAGAUGCAAGCUCAUGCCCUUUUUAUUAAGCAUAUGCAGAUACAAUCCAGAGAUCUACACCUAAAAGCCCAAUACACAGCAAUUCUGAUUUAGGGAAAGCCCAAGAUGUUUAAUCCUCAGGUGGGGUACCAUUAAGUUAAAUCCAGAUUGGUAGAAUAAAUUGCUUCUCAAAAAUUGUUAGAUUUACCUUCUCUUCCCACAAAUAGGUUGUUCAGUAAUUAGAAGAUUUUCAGGACUCUUAGGGGAAAAGAGUAAGUGGAAGUCACAUGGGUCAUCCUCUUGUAAAAUGUUUGAUAUACUUCUUAGUUUGUUUUGGAAGCCAAGGUUUAAGAUCUCAGUGGUCAUACAGUAGGCUUCACCAUCAAAGACUGGUAAUGAAACUGAGAAGAGGUUAUGAUACAGAUUGAAAUAAUUGAUUCAUACCUUCCAUGCUCAACCCUCACCCCCACCCCCUAUCAGCAAAUGGAAUGCUUCUUUCUCUUUCAGGCAGUAUGGGGGAUAUGAUUAUAAAAUAAGAUGUAUAAUUUUUAAACAAAUAGACCAGAAAUUCAAAUCCCUUUGAACCCAGGUCUUCUAAUUCCAAUACUCUUUCCCCCUUCAUACUUCCUCUCCACCAGGAAUAAAUAUAUCAAAUAUGUUUUGAAAGGGAGAACACUCAUUUCAAAUACACAUAUUUUAGUAUGUUUGCUUUAAAAUAUGACCAUACUUUGUCCCCAUGGAAUAAUAUUUCUGCUCCUAACAAUUGCAUUACCUCCCUCCCUCCCCCUUUCACCCCCCAAAAGUUCUUGGGAAAGUCUUUCUACAUCCAAGAAUCUAUAGGAUGUUAGUUCUCCAGAAGGUGUCUGAUGGUCUCCUGAAUGUCAUGCAUAAGGGAAGAUGGAGUAGGCACUGGAGAAGAAAGACAAUGGACAAAAAGGAGCAAUGAAAAGGUUAGAAGAAGCCAAGAACAAGAAGAAAAGAGCAUUCUUUCAUUUCAGGAUUUUUUUUUUCCAAAUGUGGCAUGUCAGAGAUGUUUCAUGUUUGUCCCCAAAAGAGUCACUUUGAAUACCUAACUCUAGACAAAGCACACAGAUGGUUAGGGGAUGCUGGCUAUUUUUAUUCAGCUUUGUCUGGAAUGAACAACCCAGAGAUCUGGAAAAAAAUCUAUUUGCUGUAAAGGUACAUAGCAGCAACAGCAACAGUAGCAGAAGCAGCAGCCAGAAAGUGUGUGAAAUCUAAGGAGAUUUAGUAAUGAGAACCACCUCUUUAGAAAAUGAUCAGUUCACCACCUCAGGAAUGGACUUGUAGAAACUACAUAAAGGUUCCUAGCCUUGGAUGAUUUUCCCUAUUUAUGAGUACCCUAAACUUCAAUGGGUAGAAUAACCUGAGAAAUGCAGUCCGUUAAGCUAUUACCAAUUAUUUAUACCUUGAUGUAAAGGAAUUUGAGCAGAUUUUGAUAUGACUCAAAGCAAGGUGAUAGCAGUCCUAUGUUAGAUAGGAACCUUAAAUUGCAGAAAGGCAAAAGGAGGCAAGCUUGCUUUACAGUUUUGUCUAGGUAGGGCUGGCCAUGUUUUAUUUUCCAGCAGGAGCACAUAACAUAUCCUUACCUAGAAACAUGAUCAAGAAGAAUAAACCAUAGAAUUACCUUAUAGGAGAACUCUAUGAGUAGACUAGUAGAAUUAUAGAACAUCAAGUCUAGAAGACACCUUAGAGAUCGUUUAGCCCAACUCUAAUUUUACAAAAGAGCAAAACAGUCCCAGAAAUGUGAAGGGACACAUUCAAGGUCACUCUUAUUCAAGGUUCACAGAAGAAUCUACCCUAGAUGUAUCUCUCCACUUUUAGCUCAGUGUUCUUGCCACUACCCUAUAAUGCCUUCCUGGAUACCCUGAAUAACCUAUAAGACUGUUCUGUGACAUCAUCACUUAAGAGAUGAUCACUAUGAUGGUGCCAUGUUAACCUCCCUACUAGAUAGAUGAUUUCUGCAGAUUGCUUUUUACAGAUAUCACCUCUAACUUCUUAGUUUUUAAAAACUUUCCCCCAGUAAUAGUUAUGAUUUGUACUGAUCUUCUCUGGGCUGUAAAAUUAGAGGACUGAACUAAAUGAUCUCUAAGGUCUUUCCUGACCCUAAAUUCCUGUGAUACUAUGAUCACUCAAUGUCUCUGACUGUGCCAAUAUUAUACAUCUAGGGUUAAGUCCAAGUUAAGAAUGAAUUUUAUAAUUAUAAAAUAGUUGAAUAGAAGAAAGCUCACUGGUCCAUACAACAAUGAAAUCCACUGUAAAACAGUGUAGCAUUUUAUGGGGAGAAAGAGCCCCACAAUUGGAAUCAGAAAACUUGGGUUCAGAUCUUAUCUCUUUUGCUUAUUUUUUCUGUAUGACCUUAGGUAGGUCAUUUCCUUUCUCUGAGCUUCAGUUUUCUUAUCUGUAAAAUGAGAGUUGAAAGAGAUCAAACUGAUCCUAUCAGUUAUAGAACCUAUGAUACAUUUCUUUCCUAUAAUUUUGGCAUCAUUACCAUAAUGCUCUAAUCAUAUGAGCAAGUUGAACCUAGACAAAUGAUAACUGAGACACUAAAAGUUUUAUUAUGUGGCCAUUGACACAGCUGGAAGAAAGCUUGGUGAACCCUUUUUUCUGUUUUUUGGGCUUUUUUGUGGACUUUUUUGGUGGUACCUCAAUCUAAUUAUAGAUGGAAGGCCACUGAGGCCAGAGUUAAGCCACAGAGGAAAUAUACAUUUGAACUUUGGCCAGCUUACUUUCCCCUUUCUAUCUUUAAGCUUCCUUAUCUAUAAAAUAGAGAUAAAAUUCCGCUUCAGCUCAUAGUAUCACCAGGAUGACAGAGAAGAAAAAAUGAGAGUAAAGCACUUGCAAAUACAAAGUGUCGUUCCAAUGAUACCUUGUUCCAUUUGUCUUGAGACAGGAAUAUCCAAUGUCAUCACUCUUCCCCUCUAGUUAUUGCAAAGCCCUACUAAAUCCCUUUGAUUUCAAUGAUCUUGGGAACUGCCAGAAGAGGAAACUCGCUGAAAAUUAAGGCCAGCACCUUCUUUACAAAUUUUGUUAGAGUUGCUUGAGGGCAUUGAGAAGAUAAGUGAUUUGCCUACUGUCACACAGUCCCUGUUUGUCAGCAGGGGUCCUUGAACCUAGCUCUUCAAGGUUUUGAGAUUGGGUCCCUAUCCCAUUUAAUAUGCUGUCUCUCUCCAAGUAUAUACAUAUAUAUAAUACAAACAUUUACAAGGGACUUUGAAGUGUCCCUUCUUUGCAGCUACCCCCUUCAGUAAAACUGUACCUAAUACUCUGGGCAGAGGAGAAUCUAUUCUAUUUUAAGAGAAUCUCUAGAGAAGGAGAUUCCAUAACCUUCUGUCACCCCUUCCAGCCCUGCCAAUCCUGCAUAGGUCAACUUGAGUCAUUUUCCUCUUAUUUGUCCCUAGAGAUGGCUGAAUAGAGCUGACCAUAUGGGGAAAUUAGCAUAUAUGAGCUAGAACAAUUAGCUUUUAACAGAGAGCCAGUGUCCAUUCUGUACUUACUUCCCAUCCAUUCAACCCUUCCCAGUUUGCUGCACAUGAGAGAAAAAAAAAACAAUGUUCAAGAAAAUUUUACUUAAUUCCUAUUUCAUCUUUAAGAGAAGAUAUGUUUCAGGGAGUUAUACACUUCUUUCUGAGCUGAAAUGGAGACUCCCAGCAGGUGGGCUUGUCUGAUGUGGAGAAUUACAUCUUUGAGAAGAUGGGAUCCUCAUGGGGAGUCCACAGCAGCUUUUGGGAAAAUGUAUUCACUAUGGUAAAUUCAGAGUGUAGCUACCUUCAAAAAACUAAACAGAAUACUGGCAUCCUUCAAAAAUAUGGGUCUCUGACUUUUUUCUUUAUAGCAGCAUUAGAGGCUGGAAUAAUGGGAUCAUGUGGAGGAUGCCUAGGUUGUAAAACAACUGAAAAUGGGGAACCUACUCCCCUCCUGAGAGGAGAGUUUUUCAGUAUGAAUAACUAAGAUCUGGGCUUGAAUAGGAAUUAAACUCAGGGUCUCAAAAAAACAUCCUACUAUCUCUUUGGCAGACACUGACCUUUCAGCUAAGCUAUUUCAUUCUAAAUGAGUGGGUGAUUCAUCUUGAGAUGCUCUGUGCUUCCUUCUACUCUCUUUCUCCUUCCAAUUAAACCUUUCCUUCUCCUUUAGACGUCAAUUGUAGACCCUUUCUGGCCUAUGUGUUUCAUUUUCUGAAUGUAUGUUUUCAUGUGAGUGUGUUGGUGUGUUUCAUGUAAAGAGAAGAGCUUUCAUUAAUUCAUCUUCAUACUGCUUCUUGCCCCUGUCUACAGUGUGACUAUUUUACUGUCCAAGAUAUCUGUUAAAAAAUGUGCAACAAAAAAUUAACUAGAAAUUGAAAAAAAAACAGAAAAAGAAAAAAUAGAGUAAGGAAGUAGAGAAUUGGCAAAAUGUAAAGAUAACCUUUAACUUUCUGGAAAAGUGUGAAGACUACCUGGAAAUCAUGUUACUGGUUUCUUCUUUUUUCUUUCCCUACCUCAUUUUGGUUAAAGGGAGGGUGAAAUAAUUCAUCCCAAUGUCAUCAAAGUCGUGGGGUUAUAGACUUACAGAGACCUUGGAGCUCAUGUAAUUCAAAUUCUUCAUUUUGUAGAUUUGGAAACUAAGCCCCCCAGGAAGUAAAAACCCCAUUGGUGGAAAAGCCAGGACUAAAACCCAGGUCUUCAGGCCAAGGCUUUUUCCACUAAACCACAACGCCUUUCUAUUUCUCUUCUGGCUACUUUUCAAGAAGCUAUGAAAUUGUCCCCAGAGGUUCUCAUUUCAAAGUAAAACACAUUUUCCAAAUGGCAAAACCUACAGAAAUUGGCAAGAUAAGGUUUAGCACAGUAGACUAGAAAUUAAGUUUUGGGGAUUCCAUCCAUAGCUUUGUCAUGUAUUGGCUCAGGGGCCUUGGAUGAGUUACUUUACUUCACCAUUCCUCAGUUUCCCUCUCUGCCCCACAGACUUCCAGGGCACCUUGAAAUAUAAGUACGUAGUAUAGUCUAGUUUUGCUACCCACUAUGCUGCUCUUCCUAGGUGAGACGCCACCAGCCUUUGCCAAUAUUUCCUCUUGGCGCUGAGCUUAAUUCAGAGUGUUACCCUUGCUUCUAUCUUACUUCCUUGUCCUAUCUCCCUAGCCAGUAACUUCAAGCUAACAGCCCGUUUAUACUCUAGGUCCAAAGUCUUUUAUCUACCUUUUCAUUCUCAGAUGUCUUUCCCCACCCACUUUGGUCUUUCCCAAAGAUACAUUUCUAUCCCCAGAGAAAGAGAGAGCUCAGUGGUUUAAAUAAAAUUUACUGAGAAGCUCAGUAAAUAAUGUUAACCAAAAAAGAAUGCAUGCUCAUCAAAAGGGGUUUGGGAUGAGGACAGAUAGCUUCAUCAGCAACUAUUUGGGUUGAGGUGGGGAGGCAUGAAAUAGAAGAGGGAGCCCUUUAAAAGGGUAUUAGUUUGGGGGUAGAGGGAGGCACUGCUGGAAAAGAAGUAAUCGGAUUAGGGAAGGGCCUCCACCUUGCUUGAUCCAGCAUCUAGCAGUGGCAGAGGGGAAAAGAUGGUCAAAGGGGUGACCUGUUAGGCACCAAUAAAUGUGGAGGUUGAGGAGGAGACAAGUAUUAAGCUGGCAGUGUCCAACCCCAAGACUGAAGAGAAGACUAGUGGCCCUGGAGUGGGAGCAUACAACUAAAUUGGCAAGUGACCCAAACUUCUCCACCCUCAAACUCUCCUUCACAAUCUUUUGCUUUAAAGACAUUCAGUAUCAGUGAGUCCUCAGCGAACAGAUUAUGGAUGCUCCUGAGACUCAGUUCAUACUUUCUUUUCGGACUGAUGGGUAUUCUCACCCUAGCUGAGUCACUCUGUUUCCUUCACAGCUGGCCAAGGAAGGAGAUAAACAUGAACUUAGAUUUAGGAGUGACGUGUGGGCCAGCACCACAUAAGUCUUCAGCAGUGGCUGAAAUUUCAGGCAGGCUUCCCAUCUCAGCCAGCAGACUGGGCAUGGCGCUAGUUCCCAUUGCAAGCAGGGAGGACAGUGAUGAGACCUCACUUUCUUCCCUCCUUCUGAAUGACAGCCAGAAGCCACUUCCCUCAGCCAUCCCCAAGACUCUAAAGGCCAAAGGGUGUUUUCUUAACCAGAGUAGCAUCACUCACUCUUCUUUCCCAAAUUUGUGUCCUGUUACUUAUGGGGAAAUGAGCCUCCCCUUGAGCAAACACUGAAAAUCUGGCCAUCAAACUCUGCUGCCAUCAUCUCAACCAACAAUGUCAAAGCUGAAGCUGUUAAUGUAGUCCUUGAUUUCCCCCGAUCUGUUAAGCUCAGGACUUUUGCCUUAAAUCCAAAUGGUAAAAGGAGAUGGUUAGGGAUGAGUGGUGAUUAUUAACAAUUUGUGUCUCCUGGGUUCUGACAACAGCUUUGCAGCUAUUAUCUAUAUGCUACAUAUUUACACUGGGCUUCAGGCUCCUGUCAACUAUCUCCCCACUAUGCAUGGAGACCCUCUUUCUGAAGGGAAACUCCAAUGUUCAGGGAAAAGAUGAGCAGGGGGUCAGCAGACCAAGGAUGGGGAAAUAAAAUAAAAUAACUGCAUGGGUGUACCCAUGGCAUUUCAAAGAAGCAGUUUGAGAAGGUACAAUUUAAAAUAUAGCAUUCUACACCUUGUAUUUCAGAUAGGAAGAAAAUGAGUGGGUUUGGUAUUUUUUAUACAUAGUCAUGAGACUGAAGCUAUAACUGGCAAAACACUCAAACACCUGGAAUAUUUAUAGCCCACCAGAAUAUUGCUCAGCCAAUACAAAAUUACUUACCUUUCCUUUUAUUUGCAUAGUGCUUUCUGAUUGGGUAGAUGAGGAGUGGUGUGUCCUGCAGGAUCCCAACAUCUCUGCUAUCCUUAGAGAUAGCAAAUUCCUGUGGUUAUUGGUGCUAAAAUAAGAUUAAAUAUUAUGUUAAUUUGUUCUGAUAUGAUGUGAAUAAAUGUGUUGUUUAAUCUUACCAAGAAUGCAACAUCUUAUCAGAUCUAUUGUACUGUCUGUUCCUUCUCGUAAUUAAUUACAGGAAAGAUGAUCAGAACCAGAUUUUAAAUUAUUGUGAUAUUCUGAAAAGUAAAUUUAACAGGGAAGUGGGAGGGGGGAAAUGCAAAGGGAAAUUGUCAGGUUCCUGCGACUUUGAAAGGACUGAGGAAGAAGAGAGCAUUUUGGGACUUCACCGAAAAACUGACUGCAUCUUGCAAUUUUCUUUUUCAAUUGGCAGAAAUAUUGUAUUUUCAUCGACUGAAGAAAAAAAGUGUCUGGUAAUUAAUUAAAUGACUUGUUCAUGGAAAAAUAAAAAUAAAUAAUCUGUCAGUUGUGGAAUGUAAACUGAUUAAACAAUUAAAUAAAAGAAGAUUACGUUGUGUGUUUUAA